GAGUCGUUCAUUCGACGGUCAGACGCGGAGACUUGCAGUUGAGUAGUGUGACGGAAUUAAGUUGAUCGAAUUGAGUUUUAACGAGUUUAGUGAGUGUUGUGUUUUAAGUUCAGUUAUAAUAGAUACAAAUCACAAAAUGGCGCCAUCAAUAGGCGUGUCAGAAUUCUACGCUGGGAAGACAAUCUUCAUAACAGGAGCUACGGGUUUUAUGGGAAAAGUUCUUAUAGAAAAACUUUUAAGAUGCUGUCCGGAUUUAAAAAGGAUUUAUUUACUAAUGCGACCGAAACGAGGACAAAAUACCAAAGAACGACUUGACGACUUCAUAAAUUGCCGGGUUUUUGACUAUCUUCAAGACAAAUCUCCGAAAGCCUUCGAUAAAAUUACAGUAAUCCAGGGUGAUAUUCUGCAAGAAGAUCUAGGUAUUAGCAUACAAGACUGGGAUCUUUUACAGAAAGAAACUGAGGUUUUGUUCCACUGCGCAGCGUGUGUACGAUUCGACAUGUUCAUACGCGACGCGGUCAACAUGAAUACAGUCGGUACUUUAAAAGUCCUCAAAUUAGCCGAUGGAAUGAAAAAAUUGGAGGUUUUCGUCCACGUAUCAACUUCCUACUGCCGCUGCGAAGUUCACACCCUGGAGGAACGUCUAUAUCCAGCCAAGCACAGACCACAGGAUGUCAUCGAAUGCGUCAAGUGGAUGGACGAUGAUCUUUUAACCUACCUUCAACCGAAACUUAUUGACCCUCAACCGAACACGUACGCCUACACCAAGUCGCUCACUGAAGAUCUGGUCUCGCAGUACGUCGGGAAGUAUCCCAUCGUAAUCGCAAGACCGUCUAUUGUAACGGCAGCCUACAAGGAACCUUUGCCUGGUUGGGUUGACAACAUGAACGGACCGACGGGGCUCUUAGUUGGCGCUGGAAAAGGAGUUAUACGCACGAUGCAUUGCAACGACUCCUAUUCAGCGGACGUGAUCCCAGUCGACAUGGCCGUGAAUGCUUGUAUUUUGCUUUCGUACUUAACUGCUCUGGAAAAGCCGAAAGAGGUUCGAAUCUGUAACAUAACACAGUCGGGAAACAAUUCCAUCACUUGGGGCCAAGCACUCGACAUGGGUCGUAUUCACGUCCAAGAGUUCCCAUUCUCCGUGUGCCUUUGGUACCCGGGGGGUUCACCGAAGAGCUCCAAGGUCCAGCACCUGAUCGCAGCCUUCUUCACUCACCUCCUACCAGCUUACUUUGUCGAUUUAAUCAUGUUUUUAAUGGGCAAGAAAACUUUCAUGAUAAAAAUACAAAAACGCGUCAGCUACGGUCUAGACGUCCUACAGUACUACACCACGAAGGAAUGGUUCUUCAACAACGAUAACUACAGAGCUCUUUCUAAACAAGUUUCCAAAGUCGAUAAUGAAAUAUUUUACACCAAUUUGGAGGUUAUGAACUGGAGUGCUUACAUAAGGAACUACAUAAAGGGCGCUCGGGAGUACUGCUGCAAAGAAGACCCUGCGACGUUACCACAGGCCAGGAAACUGCACAGACAAUUGUACUACUUGGACAAGGCAGUCCAGUUUGUCAUCUAUUUCCUAGUCGCAUACUUCAUUUAUUAUUAUAUAAUACGUUUCUUUUGUUGAUAUUAUAAAAUUAUAUUGUAUCUCUUUGUAAAUAACAUAAAAUAAUGUUUUAAAACAAAGAUAUCUAAAGAAAACUUAUCACAAAAUUAAUCCCGAUAAUAAUCACGAGAGUAAACAAUUUGGAUUCAAUGAAUUCAUUAUAUGAUGUAUUUACAAAAUCAAGCAUUUGUACCGACAUGUUGUUUAAGUUGCAGCUAGAGUCAUUAUUUAUAUGUUCCUUUAAAUAGUAUUAGUAAUCGAAUUGAAAAUUAACAAAAUAUACGAGCCUUAGAGAAAUAAUGAUAAAUCAUAGUGUAACAUUGGACAUCUCAUCUCAGAAACACAAACAUUAUAUCUCGCAAACCAACUUCAAAACGGCACACGCUCAUUGGUCAAAUCAAAUAGCGCCCCGUCCCUUUACACGAGACUCGAAAUCACUUUACAAAUUGCGAGAAAUCGAGAAGUACGUUACAUAUCAAGAACGUACGAUAAUUCUUAUACAUACGUUGAGAAACACGCUCUCUAAAACACUUAACUAAAAUACUUAAAUAACAGUCAUAUGUACCGGUAAGAAAACAAAAAAAUUACAUCCAAAAAUCUUCAAAUGCCAGGAAUGCUUCCGAUUAUAUAUAAACAAACCUUAGUUUAUAAUAUUCCAUGCGAUUUCCUCAUAUCUCCACUAUAUUACAGUUCAAACGGUUCUUGAUUGACAUAUCAUUAUUUUUAAUACAACACUAUGCCACUUAACUAGGUAGUUUUUUCAUACUAAUCAAUUAUUUUACUUUCGAAGUUCUAAUAAAUUCGAUGACAUUCCAACCGCCAUUACUACCUUCGUUGCGAAAUGUCAAAUGCGUCAAUGUCAAAGGUUUAUAUGUGUUUAUUCCCGCCAUUGGAAUUAGCCGUACAGAUUAAGAAAGAUAAAAUUAAGUAAUGCAGUUAUUUACAAAAUAAUAAUAUUAACUAAAUUCUUUACCGAAUUCGGCUGCAUUUUCUGUUUAUCUAAUGUAACUGAAAAAAACGUUUCUCAUUUAUUAAUAUUGAUGUAUAAAAAAACUUUGAAACUGUACAACUCUUAUUGAUGUAUGUUUGUAAUUGAGAAAUCACACCUUAGUACAAGAAUUAUUCAUUACAUAUUAACUUUAAUCUCGGCUAUGCAAUAGGGAAUAUGCGUGUAAUUUUUUUUAUUUUAAUUUUUUAUUCGAUAGCUUAUAUGAAAUAAAAAAUGAAAACUAUUCAGGAUAUCGAUAGUACUAUCGAUAGUAUCGCUAGUUCUCUGAAAGCAAUACUAUUGGUAGCAGUGAUACUAUCGAUAGUCUAUCGAUAGUGGACUAUCGAUAUGCAAAACUAGUGUAGAAGUAUUGUGCUCUGUGAUGUUGACAUAUCACACUCAUAUUCCCUAUUUGUACUUAAACUCCAAACUACACCACCGUCAUAUAUUAUAUAAAAUUGUUUUAUAUUCGUUAAUAAGACUUGGGACUGGAAAUAUAUCGAGAAAUAUUUUUUAAAUAAAUGAACUUUUAGUAUUAAUUAUAAAAUAAACAAUGUUUUUUUUUUCGAUUUUAUAGUCUUAGAUUUGUAAAUAUAAACUGUAUAUGACAAUAAUUUUAAUUAAUAGUUGACGUUAACAGAGUAGUUUCAUAAUUUGUUAUUUGCAAAUUAUUACAAUGCAAAAUUUGCAGUGCCAAAUAAUUUAAUUGUGGAAUAUUCCAAAUUAGCAAAAUGUUGUUAUAAACGACCCAACUUCAAUAUAAUUUUUGUGUUUGUAUAGUACUUGUUAUCAAUUUGUUUAUUAUUAAAAAAUAUAUAUAUUAUGAAAAACCUCAAUAAAUUGUGACUUAAUAUGAUAAUAGUAAUUUGUGAUAUUCCAUA